UUCCAAAGCUAAACCAAAAACGAAACCCUAACUUUCUCUCUCUAAAACCAGAAGCCCUAACUUUCUCUCUCUAAAAUGAAGAAGGGCAAGAUCCAUCCCUCGCCGGCGGCGACGUCGUCGCCGGGAUCGGUGAGCGGAGAUGCGAUAAAGGUGCUGAGGUUGCUGCCGGCGGCCAUACUGGCACUGACGGCGGUGAUGAGGAAUGAGGAUAAAGAAGUGUUAGCGUACCUGAUGACGAGGUCGAUGAGUGGAUCGGUAGCGGCCGCAGGGGAGGAGCGGCGGCGAUGCUCGUCUGGUGGAGCUCAUCGGCCGGCGCUAGACUGUGGGUGCUUCGAGUGCUACACCAGCUUCUGGUCUCGCUGGGACUGUUCGCCUAAUCGUGAGCUCAUUCAUCAAGUGAUCGAGGCUUUCGAGGAGCAUCUUGCAAGCUCCGAGCGUGCUGGCGUGCGUUACCGGCGGAGAGAUCGGGCGGAGAAGAAGGGGAAGAGAUCGAAAGAGGAGAAGAAGGAGAUGAAGAAGAUGGAGGACGUGGUUGUUGAAACCGUGGUGAGUUUUCGGGAUGAAUCCUCGGCGGUUGCCAUCGAAGAUGAGAAGGAUGGAGAGAAGGAGGAGGUGUCGCCGGCGGUGAUCGGAAGCGAAGUGGAGGCGGCGGCGGUGGAUGGUGAGAAGAGAAGAGGAUGGGCGGAUGUGAUGGGGAUAUUUAAUUCGCGUUUAUGGAGUCUUUGGAGUCCGGGGGAGUAGAAAAAUGGAAAAUAGAAAAUAAUGAAAAUGAAAAAGAGCAGGAAAAAAACGUUU